UCAGGGUCUGGGUCGCCUGUGGACCCACGUGCCUGCAGACCGGACCCCACCACCCGUCCGGGUCAGGAAAAGGAUCUGAGGAUUUUGAGCUUCAUUUGUGCAUCUCAAUAUGCGAGCACCUCUUGGCCAGCACGAUGAACUGUGGCGUCACCGCCACCUGCGGUGUUUGAAGCCUCACCCCCACCAAACCAGCAAGGUCGGCCCCGGGUCGGGGCUUACUGGGUGCGGAUCUGGCCACGAUCGCCCACCAGGCGCGCGGGAGGCGGUGGCCGCGCGUUCCUUCUCGCCGAGGGUGGGGAAUCCAGCCUGCGCGCGGGGUCGGGUCGCCCACGAGGGCUCCUGCGCGCGGGUUUGCUGGCACUUCUGAGAUAGCCUGGGAGGCGGGCAGGGCAGGGGGGAGGGCCGGGCGACCGACUUCCUGAAUCGCCUACCAACCCGGGCGCGAGCUGGACUUGUGCUGCGCCGAGAUGUCCGGAGGAUCAGCCAUGAGCCUGGGGAAGGGAAGCGCGCCCCCGGGGCCGGUCCCCGAGGGCCUGAUUCGCGUCUACAGCAUGAGGUUCUGCCCUUUCGCCGAGAGGACGCGCCUGGUCCUGAAGGCCAAGGGAAUCCGGCAUGAAGUCAUCAACAUCAACCUAAAAAAUAAGCCUGAGUGGUUCUUCAAGAAGAAUCCCUUCGGCCUGGUGCCAGUUCUGGAAAACAGUCAGGGUCAAGUGAUCUACGAAUCUGCCAUCACUUGUGAGUACCUGGAUGAAGCAUACCCAGGGAAGAAGCUGUUGCCAGAAGACCCCUAUGAGAAAGCCUGCCAAAAGAUGGUCUUUGAGUUGUUUUCUAAGGUACCAUCUUUGGUAACAAGAUUUCUUAGAAUGCAAAAUAAGGAGGACCGCUCUGGAGUAAAAGAAGAAUUGCGUGAAGAAUUCAACAAGCUAGAGGAGGUUCUGACUAAUAAGAAGACAACCUUCCUUGGUGGCAGUUCUCUUUCUAUGAUUGAUUACCUCAUCUGGCCCUGGUUUGAACGACUGGAAGCCCUGGAGUUAAAUGAGUGUGUAGACCACACUCCUAACCUUAAGUGCUGGAUGGCAGCCAUGAUGAAAGAUCCCACAGUAUCAUCCCUCCUCAUUGAUGUGAAGACCUUUCGAGGUUUCUUCAACCUCUACUUGCAGAACAGCCCUGAGGCCUGUGACUAUGGGCUCUGAUGGGGGCAGGAGUCAGCAAUGAAGAGAUGUCUGAUAUUUUCCUUCACUAAUAUGAAUAACAACAUGCUUCUAUCUUACCAAA